AUGGGGGAGGCAAAGAGUGGAGUGGCCGAUGCCCAGAGCCUGGGCCGUGCUUGUGAGCAGGCACACACACUGUAUCUCCCUCUGCCACGGGGCCCGGGGCGCUGCGAUUUCACACUCGGGCGGCCCUGUCACUGCCGCGCCAUUCAGGAGCUGGGCUCUCACUCCCACUCGGCCAUGUCCUCGUCAGGAAAAGCUGCCAUUGCCUCCUCCUGCCUCUCCUUCGAGUGCUUCGACACCCUGACCAAGUCAUGCAUCAAGUGCUCCGAUUUGUACAAGGACAACACAAGUAAGGGGACAAGGGCAGCUGGGGUUCUAUCUUCCCAGGGAUGGGCGGUGGUGGGUGAAGGAGGCUGGGGACACCCCAGGGCAGAGCCCACCCUGGCACCCACCCUGACCAGCACUUUCCUGAUCUUUGGUGUCCCGGUGGCAGUGGUGUUCAUCCUGAUUCUGGCUGCUCUCUGUGGCUUCCUGGCCUGUAAGGUGGGAAAGCGGAGGAGGAAGAGGAAAGCGGCAGAUGAAGAGGCCAAAGCAAACAUGGACACUGCCAGCCCCCUGCCCAGCCAAGACCCUGCCAUGCCAGAGGGAGAUGGUGCCCUGGACCCGGAACCAUGCUCGCACCUUGAUGGGGGCCUGAAGAUGCUGGGGCCACCCGAGAAAGCUAGGGCAAAGAGGAGGCCAUGCUGCCAGGGCAGUGCUGAUGGUGACAUCAUUCUGCUCUCCACUGUGUACCCCCGGCAUGAGGAAUGCAACCACAGCUUCCCACUACCUGCCACUGAGCUGGGGGCCACAGCUCUGGUCACCACCAAAACCACCCAGAACUGCGCCAGAGAGGAGCGAGUCUGA